UUAAUUAGCACCUUGACAAGACACCAUUUCAUUACAAUUCAAGAGUGACGAAGAUUUAACAACAAAAAGCGACAACUUCCAAACUUCAGCUAGUUUUCAUUGUCUAGUCCAGGGGAAAACAAAUACUUGUUGAAUCUUCAGUAUAUUUUAAACAUGCUAAAAUACAUAGCUACAAUUCUCUUUGGAUGUUUUAUACUUGGGGACUGUGCUACACCGCUCAUGAAGAAACGUUUAACACAGGAGCAAUGUAAACAAAAAGUUGUCGGAAUGAAGGCAAGACCACAGUCUUCCUACGUCAAUGUCAAUCCAACGUGUGAUCUCGGGAAAGUCUCGGUCAUGUAUUCACGUAGGGACCUUCAACUCUCGUUCUGGCGAGAUUAUCCCUACCAGGUUUGUUUGGUAGAGUUGAAACGUUAUGAGGUUCUCCGAGCCUGGGACGUCUCUUCACAACAAAUCCAGCCCAUCAGAGACGGAAAUGACGUCUGCUUCCAAAACAGAAAUCCAAAUGGUGGAACAAUAAAUGUUCUUCUAAAACCGAAAGGAUUCACCUACAUUUCUGAAGUUUACUAUGAAAUCCAAAGACUACAAACUUCCGAUUCAUUCUCUGCCGUCUCUCCCUCCCGUGACCGAGGUCCAAUACCGAACACGACUCCUCGGCCGGAGAGGAGGUUCAGCCUAUUCCGGGAUGUCAUCACACCAGUACCAAGAAUUCCCGAUCUACGCAUGCGUCGUCCCUUCGUUUUCCCUAGCCCAGUUCCUUCGCCAAGCCCGUUGCCAUUAUCCAGACGAUGGUUUCUCGGACAACUUCCCAGAUUUACAAACAGAAUGCGAGAGGAUACGAGAAGAAUUAGGGGUAAUGAUAUGCUAGACAGAGACAAUUUCCAAUUUAGACGAGACUUACAGAGAUUGUUGGGACAAUUAUAAAAAGAGUAGUGGACAAAUACUAUAAUGAUGUGAAAAAAGUGUAUUUAAAUGUUGUUUUGAAAUAAAGAAUCUUCAAAUAUA